AUGAGUACCCUGUCUAGUGCUGCGUUGCUCUUGACCCUUGCUUGCAUCUAUGUAGCGAUACGGCGACUCAGGAGAACAUCAGUCUCCGGCAUCCCAGGACCGCAGCCUGAGUCCUUUCUGAUGGGCAACCUGGGCGAACUACACCAAGGUCAAGCCGGAGAGGCAGACUUCAAAUGGCAAAGCGUGUAUGGUGGUAUUGCUCGAAUCAAGGCACCUUUUGGUGAAGACAUGCUGUGGAUCAGUGAUCCUAAGGCGCUCCAGUACAUAUUUCAAACCUCGGGAUAUAAUUUCCCCAAGCAACCUGAGCGGCGAGCCCUCUCUCGUCUGCUGGGUGACCAUGGGCUGACGUGGGCUGACGGCACGACUCACAAAAGACAACGGAAAGUCAUGCUUCCUGCAUUUGGUGGACCAGAAUCGCGAGCUCUUCUCCCAAUCUUUGAGCAUUAUGCUGAACAGGUCACUCUACGGUGGAAGGAGAUGCUGGAGACCGCACCUGGACGCAGUGCUGUUCUGAACGUCAUCAAAUACAUCGCACCUGCAACUUUGGAUGCGAUUGGAGAGGCUGCAUUUGACUAUAAACUAGGAUGUCUUGAGAAUUCUGAAGAUGAACUCGCAAAGGCCUAUCAAAACCUCCUUGCAGACGUAUUUACAAGGCCGUCAAAGGCAAAGAUAUUCUUCACCAGCAUCGCGCAUUACAUCCCAAUGCCUCUGGCUGAAUUCAUGUAUGAUCAUCUGCCCGGGCAAGGCCUUGAGAAGGCUCGCUUCAACCGAGAUGUUGCGCAUUCGGUGGCAGAAGGCUUGCUCAAGUCCAAGUCGCACGAUUUGAUGCUCGGGAAGGGCAACCGCGACGUCAUGAGUAUUCUUGUCAAAGCAAACGCAUCUGAGAACGAUCGCGCGCGCCUCACUCAUGACGAGAUGAUCUCACAAAUGCGGACUAUCAUGCUUGCAGGACAAGAGACGACGUCGAACACACUCAGCUUUGCCCUCAUGGAGCUUGCCCGGUACCCCCAGUACCAGACUCGCUUGCGCGCUGAGAUUAGGGCGGCGGAGCAGACAGUGCGCGAGCGUGGAGACGUCAGCCUCAGCGUGCAAGACAUGGAAGCUAUGCCAUUCCUGCAGGCCGUCGUGCGCGAGGUGCUCCGCUUCCAUCCAGUUGUGCCACACAACUACAGACAGGCGGGGCAGGAUGACGUGCUUCCGCUCUCCAAGCCUUUGACGUUGCGGUCUGGCGAAGUUGUCACUGAGGUCGCGAUCCCCGCGGGUAUGCGCUUGGUACUGUCUAUCGCUGGUUAUAACAGAGACAAAGACAUCUGGGGUAGCGACGCACAUGUAUUUAAUCCUGAGCGAUUUUUGGAACAUUCGGGGAAGCGUGGCCCCACUGUUGGCGUAUUUGGAAACGUGUUGACCUUCUCGGGAGGCAUUCGAGCCUGCAUUGGUUGGCGAUUCGCUCUAUACGAGUUGCAAGCAUUCAUCGUACAAUUGAUCUCGAACUUCGAAUUCGCGCUGACGGACGACAUCAAACGUCUUCGGAGGGAGAAUGCGCUCGUCAUGGUGCCCACGCUUGAAGGAGAGGCGGAGAAGGGGGUACAGGUGCCGCUCAGAGUGUCACUCGCCGGCGAUCUCGAUUAUUAG